CCCAUCUCACACAACCCCCUUAAACCCCAGAAGCCUCCAUCCGCGGCGCCCCCAACGAAAACCCUAGCCCGCCAUGGCCCUCGCGCUCCGCCUCCGUCGGGCCCUCGCCGCCGCCUCCACCUCCGCAUCCCUCCUCCGUCCGACUGCCUCCGCCGCGGCAUCCCCCCAUCGGGCUCCCCUCCUCGCCCCUUUCGUCGCGCCGCUGCCGCGCCCGUUCCUCCCCGGGGGCGCCGCCGGCUUCCGGUCGACGGCGGCGGCAGCGGCACGGGGAAACUACGGCGGUGGGGCGGACGACGCCAAAAUCGACCCCGACGAGAUCCUCUUCGAGGGGUGCGACUACAACCACUGGCUCAUCACCAUGGAGUUCCCCGACCCCAAGCCCUCCCGCGAGGAGAUGAUCGAGACCUACCUGCAGACCCUCGCCAAGGUCGUCGGAAGUUAUGAGGAGGCUAAGAAGAGGAUGUAUGCUCUUAGUACAACAACAUAUGUUGGGUUUCAAGCUGUAAUGACUGAGGAAAUGUCAGAAAAGUUUCGCGGAUUGCCUGGAGUUGUUUUUAUCUUGCCUGAUUCAUAUUUAUACCCAGAGACAAAGGAGUAUGGAGGAGACAAAUACGAGAAUGGUGUCAUAACUCCAAGACCACCACCUGUUCAGUAUAGCAAACCGUCAAGGAAUGAUAGAAACCGCAACUAUCGUGGAAAUUACGAAAACAGUCCUCCACCGCAAGGUAAUUACCAGAACAGGUCGCCACCACAAGGAAACUUCCAAGGGUCCCGCCCACAGCAAGACGUAAGAGGCUACGCUCCACAGCAGAAUUACGCACAAGCUGGGCAAGAUGGUAGAGGUUAUGGGAGGAAUGAUUCUGCCGACCAUCCAGGUUACAAUGCGCCUGGUGGGUACCAAGGGCGUGUAAAUGAAGCCGGUCAAGGUUUCCAAGAUCCACAAGAGCGCAGGAGUUUCUCGCAAGGACAGGAAGGAGAUCUCAGGCCUGGUGGCCCUUCAGCACCUGGAAAUUAUGGUCAACCGCCUGCACCUGGAAAUUAUGGUCAACCACCUGCACCUGGAAAUUACGGUCAACCGCCUGCACCUGGAAAUUAUGGUCAACCACCUGCUCCUGGAUCCUAUGGGAAGCCAUCUGGACCUCCAGCUUAUGGACAACCGUCUGGGUCGAGAUAUCCUGGAGGUAACCAAGGGGGUCCUGGUUAUGGUGGAGACAACAGACAGGGUGCAGCGCCUGCAUAUGGAGGGGAUAACUUGCAAGGGGUUUCUGGUCAGUAUCCUAGCCCAGGUGAAGGACAACAAGGGAACUGGCAGGGUAGGCAGUAAGGACCUGAUGAGAAGUAGCUUCACUUAAGAACAAGGCAUUAGUUCCUCUACUUGAAAUGUAGAAAUUUCCACCUGUAAAAUAAACAGCUGAACUACUUUAUUUUGUCUUGUUGCCUGCAUUCACAUCAGACUUAUUAUUGAUGUGCGUUACUAUCUCUUGUAGCCAUAUAUUUGACGUUUGGAAAGGCUUGUGGAGUCUGGAGUGGUCUGUGCUUUUGA